AAGAAGCGGCCAGCUUGAGCCGAGAAAGGGACGGAGCUCCGGGCCGGCCACGCCACCUCCUCCCCCGUCGCGUUUUUUUUUCUUCUCCGCCUCCCCUUCCCUCCCCGGCCGCACUUUCUCUCUCUCUCUCUCUCUCUGUGUGUCUCUUUCUUUCUUUCUCUCUCUCUCUCUCUCCCCUUUUUCCCCGCGCGCCUCGCAACUUAGGAUCGCCGCGGGGGAAGGCGCGCCAAGGCCGGCCGCCCUCGGGAAACGCGGGGACCAACAACUCCGGGCUUCGCCUCGGGCGGCUCUCCAGCCCGGGGGGGUCUAUUGUGCCGCGAUGCGGCGGGCGAAGGGAUCCUCCGGAUCGCCCCCCGCCGCCGCCGCCGCCGCCGCCGGCCUGCCUCCUCCUCCUCCGCCUCUCCUGCUCUCGUCGCUGCUGCUGUUGCUGCUGCUGCUGGCAUCGUGGCCGGCCCGUUGCAGCCGAAGCUGUCCGGAGAAAGAGCUGGAGCGACGGGAGGAAGAAGCCAACGUCGUCCUCACCGGCACGGUGGAGGAAAUCUUCAACGUCGACCCGGUGCAUCAGACCUAUUCGUGCAAGGUGAGGGUUUGGAGAUACCUGAAGGGGAAAGAGGUGGUGACUCACGAGAUCCUCUUGGACGGCGGGAACAAGGUGAUGAUUGGGGGGUUUGGGGACCCCUUGAUCUGCGACAACCAGGUCUCGACGGGGGACACACGGAUUUUCUUCGUCAAUCCCGCCCCGCACUACAUGUGGCCUGCUCACAAGAAUGAGCUGAUGCUCAACUCCAGCCUCAUGAGGAUUACCUUGCGCAACCUGGAAGAGGUGGAACACUGUGUCGAAGAUAAACCGGUGAAUUACUUCCCGCAGGCGGUGCCCCAAGAUGUUUGUCGAGGGGUGCUGUGUGGCUUCGGUGCCAUCUGCGAGAAGAACCCCACGGACUCUUCCCAAGGCGUGUGUGUUUGUAAGAAAGCCGCCUGCCCGUCCGUGGUGGCUCCGGUGUGCGGUUCGGACUAUUCGACCUACAGUAACGAAUGUGAGCUGGAGAAAGCCCAGUGCAACCAGCAGCGUCGCAUUAAAGUCAUGAGCAAAGGGGCUUGUGGUUCGAAAGACCCCUGCGCGGAAGUGGUCUGCAGCUUCGGCAGCACCUGCGUACGAUCCACGGACGGGCAGUCGGCCAAAUGUAUCUGCAUGUCCUUUUGUGGCGGCCUCCCCGAAAACACCGUGUGCGGCAGCGACGGCAAGGACUACCGCAGCGAGUGCCACCUGAACCGACACGCCUGCGACAAGCAGGAGAACAUCUUCAAGAAGUUUGAUGGGCCGUGCGAUCCUUGCAAAAACACUCACAACGACAUGAAUAGAGUGUGUCGGGUCAACCCUCGCUCGCGACGGGCCGAGCUGUUGCCCAGGCCGGAAAGCUGCCCCUUAAAAAAAGAGCCAGCGUGUGGGGACGACGGGGUGACCUACGAGAACGAGUGCGUCUUGCAUAGGACGGGGGCCAUCCGGGGCAUCGAGAUCCAGAAGUUGCGUUCGGGACAGUGCCAGGUGCAAGACAGAUGCCGGGACGAGUGCCGUUUCAACGCCGUGUGCCUGAUCCGCCGGGGCCUCGCCCGCUGCUCCUGCGAACGGAUCAUCUGCGAUGGCGCCUACCAGCCUCUCUGCGGCAGGGACAGCCGGACCUACUUCAAUGACUGUGAGCGCCAGAAGGCGGAGUGCCAGCAGAAGGCUGCCAUUCCAGUCAAGCACCAUGGACCUUGUGAUCUGGCCAAGCCGAGCCCCUGCCUGAGCGUCGAGUGCCAGUUUGGAGCCACCUGCGUGGUGAAGAACCAGGAGGCCAUUUGCGAGUGCCAACAAGUGUGCCAGAGCAUCUACGAUCCGGUCUGCGGCAGCGACAACCUCACCUACAGCAACCCUUGCGAGCUGGACGCCAUGGCGUGUGCCCUCCGGAAGGAGAUCCGCAUGAAACACAAGGGCCCUUGCGACCGCUGUCGGAAGUGCCAGUUUGGUGCCAUCUGCGAAGCCGAGACGGGCCGGUGUGUGUGCCCCACCGAAUGCGUCGCCUCCUCUCAGCUGGUUUGCGGAACCGACGGGAACACCUACGGGAGCGAGUGCGAACUGCACGUUCAGUCCUGCAUCCAACAGGUCUCCAUUGAGGUGGCAGCCCAAGGCAGCUGCAAAGCCUGUGGAGCCACAGUGUGUUCCUUUGGGGCAAAAUGCAUGGAUGGGCAUUGCCUCUGCCCCCCUUGUGAGCAACAGCCCUUGUCCCGCGUCUGUGGAAGCAACGGCGUCACGUACAGCAACGAGUGCGAGCUGCGCCUGGCGGCUUGCCAGCAGAAGGAAGAGUUGGAGGUGGAGAAGAGGGGCCCGUGUGAAGAUGAGUGCGGCUCGGGCGAUGGGUCUGGCUCCGGAGAUGCCAUCGAGUGCGAGAGAGACAGCUGCCGGAAGUACGGGGGUUCGUGGGACGAGGAUAUGGAGGAUGACCGUUGUGUGUGUGACUAUACCUGUGGGACUGUACCACAGAACUGGGUGUGUGGAUCGGACGGGGUGGCCUACGCUAAUGAGUGCGAGCUGAAAAAAUCCCGCUGCGAGAAACGCCAGGACAUUUACGUGGCAAGCCAGGGACCCUGCCGAGGGGUCCCAACGCUUCCGUCCUCUUCGCCAGAACUCCUUCACUGUAGCAAAACCGUUUACGGCUGCUGUCCGGACAACAUGACUUUAGCACUUGGAGUGGGGUCGGCUGGAUGCCCCAGCACUUGCCACUGUAACCCCUAUGGCUCCUACGGAGGGAGCUGUGAUCCCAGCAUAGGCCAGUGCUCCUGCAAACCCGGCGUCGGGGGGCUGAAAUGCGACCGCUGCGAACCCGGUUUCUGGAACUUCCGCGGCAUCGUCACAGACAGAAAGAGCGGCUGUACCCCCUGCCACUGCGAUCCUGUGGGAUCCGUGCGGGAUGACUGCGAACAGAUGACCGGCUUGUGUUCCUGUAAACCGGGGAUUACUGGCACCAAAUGCAAACAGUGUCCCAGCGGAAGCAAGCUGGGAAUGUCCGGUUGUGAGAAAGAUCUCUCUGCCCCCUCGUCCUGCUCUGAAAUGACCUGUGAAUUUGGGGCGUCGUGUGUGGAAGUGAACGGCCUUCCCCAGUGUGAGUGUCCAUCGUUGCUUUGCACGGAAGCUGACGCGUCCAAGGUCUGUGGCUCUGAUGGAGUGACCUAUGGCGACCAGUGUCAGUUGAGAACCAUUGCUUGCCGGCAAGGGAAGGUCAUAGAGGUGAAACACUUGGGCCAGUGUGCAGAAUCCCAUGCCAGCCAUCCCACCCCGCCUGCAACCCAACGCCCUCUGGAUUCUGUCCCCCCUCUGGCUCCCCAAAUCACAACGCCGGCUCCCGAGCUAACCAGGACAUCCUCCUCUCCCUGGCAUUCAGAAGACUACGUUUCCCACCAGAGCCAGCCGGUCACCCGAAGGAUAGCCAAGCCUGCUGUCCUCUCCACUCUUCCCUGGACGACGCAGGGCAUCCGCCAGACCACUGCCAGACCCCUCCUGACAGCUCCUGUGGUCCCUGCCACCACUCCGAUGGCUUACGUUGAAUCGGGCAGCGCGGAAGGCAGCGGAGACCCAGAACUGGGCACCAGCGGGGAUCAGGAAGGCAGCGGGACCAGCUCUGCAGGGGAGGAAGAAAUGGAAGAGGAAAAGGUGUCAAAUCCACACCUGGUCGAGAGAGCCACCUGUUACAACACCCCUCUGGGAUGCUGCUCGGAUGGCAAGACUCCGGCCAUUGACACCGAAGGAAGCAAUUGCCCAGCCACCAAAGUCUUCCAAGGGGUCUUGAUUUUGGAAGAGGUGGAAGGCCAGGAACUGUUUUACACCCCGGAAAUGGCCGAUCCUAAAUCGGAGCUCUUUGGCGAGACAGCCCGAAGCAUUGAAAGCGUGCUGGAUGAGCUUUUCCGCAACUCAGAGGUCAAGAGGGAUUUCAGGAGUGUCCAGGUGCGACAUCUGGGCCAAAGCAGCGCCGUCAGGGUCAUCGUGGAGACCCAUUUUGACCCAGCUACUUCUUACACGGCUGCCGACAUCCAGCGGGCCCUUUUGAAGCAGAUCAAAGCCUCUAAGAAGAAAACAGUCUUGGUGAAGAGACCCCAGCAAGAGAACAUCAAGUUCAUGGACUUUGCCAUCCGAUACUUCAUCCCCAGCUUCGGCGGGAAGUCCUACCUGGCAUUCAAAAUGAUGAAGGCUUACCACACCGUGCGCAUCGCCAUGGAAUUCCGGGCCUCUGAGCUGAGUGGGUUGCUCCUGUACAACGGGCAGAACCGCGGGAAGGACUUCGUCUCCCUGGCGCUGGUGAACGGAUUCGUGGAGCUCAGGUUCAACACCGGCUCGGGGACAGGCGUGAUCACCAGCAAGGUGCCCAUUGAGCCGGGCCAGUGGCAUGCCCUAGUGGUCAAUCGGAACCGGAGGAACGGCGUGCUGUCCGUGGACGGAGAACCCCACAUACAUGGCGAGAGCCCAAGUGGAACCGAUGGGCUGAAUCUUGACACUGACCUCUUUGUCGGAGGAGCCCCGGAAGACCAAAUUGAUGUGGUGGCCGAGCGCACAUCGGUCACCGCGGGCCUGAAGGGCUGCAUCCGCCUGCUGGACGUCAACAACCAGAUGUACGACCUGCGAGAGAAAGGCGAUGACGUGCUGUACGGCAGCGGCGUGGGCGAAUGUGGCAACAACCCUUGCCAGCCCAACCCCUGCCACCACGGCGGGCUCUGCCACACCAUGGAGGCCGAGAUGUUCCACUGCGAGUGUCUCCAUGGUUAUACAGGACCCACCUGUGCUGAUGAGAGAAACCCUUGUGACCCCAAUCCGUGCCAUCUCUCUGCCACCUGCUUGGUGUUGCCAGAAGGCGGAUCGAAAUGCGAAUGCCCCAUGGGACGAGGAGGCGAAUUCUGCGAAUCAGUUGCAGAAAUGGACCAGACCGUGCCUUUUCUGCCGGAAUUCAAUGGAUUCUCAUACCUGGAGCUGAACGGUCUCCAAACAUUUGUGCCGGAGCUACAGGAUAAGAUGACCAUGGAAGUGGCUUUCCUGAGCAGAAAUCCCAACGGUUUAAUUUUCUACAAUGGACAGAAGACGGAUGGAAAAGGAGAUUUUAUCUCUUUGGCCCUUCACAAUGGAUACCUGGAGUACAGAUAUGACUUGGGCAAAGGAGCUGCUGUAAUCAAGAGCAGAGACCCCAUCCCUCUGAAUACCUGGGUCAGUGUUUCGCUGGAGAGGAACGCGCGGAAGGGCAUUAUGAGGAUUAACAACGGGGAACGGACGCUUGGUGAAUCGCCGUUGCCCCACACCUCCCUUAAUUUAAAGGAACCCCUCUACGUCGGGGGCGCACCGGACUUCAGCCAACUGGCUCGGGCUGCCGCGGCGUCUGCUAGCUUUGAUGGAGCCAUUCAGAAGAUUUCCAUCAAAGGGACCCCCAUCCUGAAAGAGAAGAACAUCCGCAGCGCUGUUGAGAUUUCCCCUUUCCGCUCCCAUCCCUGCACUCAGAAGCCCAGCCCUUGCCAGAACAGCGGGACCUGCCAACCCCGUUUGGAGAGCUAUGAAUGCACCUGUCCCAGAGGCUUCUUCGGGACCCACUGCGAGAAAGUCCUCACCGAGAAGGCAGCUGGAGACUCCGACGCCAUCGCCUUCGACGGCUGGACCUACAUCGAAUACCAUAAUGCUGUUACCAAGAGCGAGAAGGCUCUGCAGUCCAACUACUUCGAGCUGAGCGUCAAAACUGAAGCCACCCAGGGACUCAUCUUGUGGAGCGGGAAGGGUCUGGAUCGAUCAGACUACAUCGCUUUGGCCAUCGUGGACGGCCGGGUCCAAAUGACCUACGACCUUGGCUCCAAACCCGUGAUCCUUCGGUCUACCGUCCCAAUCAACACGAACCAGUGGAUUCAGAUCAAAGCGUCCAGAGUCCAUCGCGAUGGGUCCCUCCAAGUCGGCAACGAAUCUCCCAUCAUGGGUUCCUCGCCUCUCGGAGCAACUCAGCUGGACACAGACGGGGCCCUUUGGCUGGGUGGGUUGGAGAAGCUGAGCCUGGCCCACAAGCUUCCCAAAUCUUUCCUCACUGGCUUCGUGGGCUGCAUACGAGACGUGGUGGUGGACCGCCAAGAACUCCAUCUGGUAGAGGAUGCUUUGAACAACCCCACCAUAUUACACUGCGCAGCCAAAUGAAACGAUCCGGCCUCUCCUCCUCUCCCUCUGCCUCUCUCUCUUCCCUCCACCCGGCUAUUGCUGUAAUUAUUUUCUAUUUUUGUAAAACUUCUUGCU